ACCCCCCAGAGUGUCACUCUUAACCUCUCUCCACCGCCCACUUCAUCACCUCAUCAAAAUGCUGCCGUACAACACCAUCUCCGAGGCGGCCUCCGCCCUCGGCCGCAACCUCACCGCCGCCGAGACCCUGUGGUUCAACUACUCGGCCAACAAGUCUGAUUACGUCCUCUACUGCCACAACAUUCUCUUCCUCUUUGUCAUCUUCUCCGUCGUGCCUCUCCCACUCGUCUUCGUCGAGCUCCUCCGAUGGGCCGGGUUCGACCGCUACAAGAUCCAGCCCAAGGUCCGGUUGACCCUCCACGACAUGAUCAAGUGCUACAAGGACGUCAUGUGGAUGUUCUUCUCCGUCGUCGGCCCCCUCCAGCUCGUCUCCUACCCUUCUAUCCAGCUUAUAGGGAUUAGGAUAGGAUUGCCAUUGCCUUCUGGAUGGGAGAUGAUUUCCCAAUUGUUGGUAUAUUUCUUGGUGGAAGAUUAUACCAAUUACUGGAUCCACAGAUUUCUGCAUAACAAAUGGGGGUAUGACAAGAUCCAUCGAGUUCAUCAUGAGUACACUGCUCCCAUUGGAUAUGCAGCGCCUUAUGCGCACUGGGCGGAGAUUUUGAUUCUAGGCAUCCCGUCUUUCCUAGGGCCGGCGAUAGCGCCUGGCCACAUGAUCACAUUCUGGUCGUGGAUAGCAUUGAGGCAGAUUGAGGCCAUUGAAACACACAGCGGGUAUGACUUCCCCUGGACUCCUACAAAAUAUAUUCCAUUUUAUGGUGGUGCUGAGUAUCAUGAUUACCAUCAUUAUGUUGGAGGACUAAGCCAGAGCAAUUUUGCUUCAGUGUUCACCUACUGCGACUACAUUUAUGGGACGGACAAGGGAUAUCGAUACCAGAAGAAGAUCCUUAAAAAGUUGAAAGAGGACACAAAUGGUGUGCUAAACAAAGGGUCGUACGACACCUCAACUGUAGACCUUAAAUCUGAUUAGCUUUGAGAGACAUAGAGCUUCGGAAAUGCCCUUUCAGUAUAGCUCUCAGUGGUGAUAACUCUCAGAACCCUCUGAUUGCAAGUUGAAAUCAAUGUGCUAGGGUGGUAAAUAGAAGUGGUAGUGGCUCAGGUGCAGGUUAACUAUGAGAUUUUCAGAGUUCGUGAUUUGAGUAGCCUGGAGGGUGGUUAAGAAAAUUAGUAGAUAGUAAGGUUCAGAGUUCUGCUUGUGCUUUUGACGUAAUGUUCUAUAAUCUUAUGAACAAGUUUGUGGUUUGUGAUUUUGAAAUUGUAGUGUUAAAUGUUCCUUAGCUUGAGUCUGGCAUCAAGCAUAUGAAAUUCCCCACCUCAGUGA